GUGGGAAGAGAAGCUGCCUGGGAGUCGGAUGUUGUCCCAGUUAGAUGCUCCCCUUUGGGCCCCUUUUGGGAGUAGCUGCCCUCCUGCUUCUGGGGGGCCCUCCAACUCAGGCAGCCCAGGGCUCCUCCUCACAUUCUCUGCGCCAUUUCUGUACCUCUGUGUCAGAGCCUGGCCAGGGGUUGCCCCAGUUCAUCUCUGUUGGCUAUGUGGAUGACCAGGUUAUUUGUCAGUAUGACAGCAACUCCAGGAGAGUCCGAAGACGAGUGGCCUGGAUGGAGAAGGCAGAUGCACAGUACUGGGAUGCACAAACCCAAAUCAUGCGAGGCAAAGAGGCUGAAUUCAGAGGGGACAUGGUAACCUUAAAAAAGCGCUACAACCAGAGCGAAGGGUUUCAUACCUGGCAGGAGAUGUCCAGCUGUGAGCUGAGGAAAGAUGGGAGCAAGGGAGGGCAUUUGCAGUACGCCUACGACGGGAGGGACUUCAUCAGCUUGGACCUGGAGACCCUCACCUGGACAGCAGCCGAUGUGCCAGCCCAGACCACCAAGAAGGAGUGGGAGGCUGAACCUGCCAUUGCCGAGAGCUCCAAGGUCUACCUGGAAGAGGACUGCAUUGAGUGGCUGCAGAAAUUCCUGGACUAUGGGAAGGAGAUGCUGCUGAGGAUACAAAUCAUCCAAUUUCCAGACAAAGGCCUGGGACCUGAGCAUAAUGUAGUGGUUGAAGUACGAUUCUGGAAACCAGGUUUUGGAUUCUGUCUCAGCCACGGAAACCUACUAGGUGAACUUUGGCGAGUGACACUCUCUCAGCCACAGAGAAAGGCAACGACAACCCUCCCUCCUUUUGAACAAAUCUUACAUGAUAGGUUUGUCCUAGAAUUGGGAUAAGUUGGAAAUGACUUGAAAGCAUACAAAAACAAGCAACCACAAAGUUACAUCCAGCCCAGGAAUGUUUAGGUAUAUUCUACUUGAGAGCAAACUACUCCAGAGCUCAGCAGAAACCAGAAAGGGAAGCUACAUUUUUCAAAGAAAAUUAGUUCACUCUUUUCCAGAGUUGCAUUCAGUUUUUCUUAAAAGGGGGGCAGCAGUGGGUUCUAAAUGAAGAAAAAAGUAAGACAAACAUUUAUGUUUCUCUUGUACAAGUAAGUGCAAAGCUCACAUAGUGGAGUGAGAGAGUUUAUAUCUUUGUCGUUUUUUGGGUGAGGAUAAAUUCCCCCUCCCUCACAUUGAAAAUCAGUACCAAAAAUGUAGUUAAAGGUUUUAGUAGGCUGGACCAUUGAAAAGUGCAGGUAGGGGUGUGUUUGUGUGUGAAUUAUGUAUGUGAAUUCUGUCCCCCCAAUUUUAUUUAUUAUUUUGUUUAUAUCCUGACUGUUUCCUAUGCGACUUAAAAGCAGCUUACAACUUUCUAAAAACAGUGCAACUUAUGUAAAAGUUAUACAGAAAAAUAAAAUGGAUAAAAGCUGCCUUUAAAAACUAUUAAAACAAUUUGUAAAGUUUAAAACCACUAAUAUUCAAUUAGAAAUAUUAUAUACCAACUGACAAAAAAGCACAGCACACCAUUAAAAACACACCACAGUCAAAUUCUGAAAAACCUGAAGGAAUAGGAAUGUUUUUACUUGGAGUUCCACAGCCUGGG